GGUUUUAACGCGUUGUCGUGGCAACGCGUGAACCUGCUGUUUGUUGUUAGGCUGACGCAAACAUCACAACCAACAGUUCAAACUUCACGUUAGCUGGUUAUUUUUUACACACUUUAAGUACACAGCCGUCGUCGCACUCAUGGCCCAUUACAGAGCCUCAGAGUCGAAGCGAGAACAAUUUAGAAGAUAUCUUGAAAAAUCCGGGGUCCUUGACACGAUAACCAGCGUUCUAGUGGCACUUUAUGAAGAGACCGACAAGCCCAACAAUGCACUGGAUUUCAUAAAGCUUCACCUCGGUGCGGCUGCUCCAGAGCCGGCAGACGUGGAGACUCUCCGCAUGGAGCUGGCUGAUCUACAACAGAAGUGCAACCUGCUCAUGGAGGAGAACAAAGAGCUGAGAAACAGGCUGAUGCAGUACGAACAAUCGCCCGAUAAUGGAGCAGCAGAGUGAAGUUGUGUUGUUGCUUUCUGGGGUAAAAAAACAAAAUAAAAACAUUAAACAAUAGCGCUUUUUUGAAGAAUAUGUAAAUGUUUAUUAGCGGAUGUACGGCGAUCACAGAAUCUGUUAUUUUUUGUUAACAUUUUGCUUUGUUAUAAAUAAAAAUGUGUUUUUUUUCAGCA